UCCUCUCAGUAUGGUCCAGUCUUCAGUUUCACCAUGGUGGGGAAAACGUUCACGUACCUGCUGGGCAGCGAAGCAGCGACGCUGCUGUUCAACAGCAAGAACGAGGACCUGAACGCAGAGGACGUCUACUCCAGACUGACCACCCCGGUGUUUGGCAAAGGGGUCGCCUAUGACGUGCCGAACCCCAUCUUUCUGGAGCAAAAGAAGAUGUUGAAGACUGGACUGAACAUCGCUCGUUUCAAAGAACACGUGAAAAUCCUCGAGACAGAGACCAUCGAGUAUUUCGAGAGAUGGGGAGACAGCGGAGAGAGAAACCUGUUCGAGGCCUUGGCCGAGCUGAUCAUCCUGACAGCCAGCAGCUGCCUCCACGGGAAGGAGAUCCGUAGCAUGCUGGACGAGCACGUGGCUCAGCUCUACGCCGACCUGGACGGAGGGUUCAGCCACGCUGCCUGGCUCCUGCCCGGCUGGCUGCCUCUGCCCAGCUUCAGGAGGAGGGACCGAGCUCACAGAGAGAUCAAGAACAUCUUCUUCAAAGUGAUUCAGAAACGCAGGAAAUCUGGAGAGAAGACUGACGACAUCCUUCAGACGCUCGUUGAUGCCACCUACAAAGAUGGACGGCCCCUGAACGACAGCGAGAUUGCGGGGAUGCUGAUCGGUCUGCUCCUGGCAGGUCAGCACACGUCCUCCACCACCAGCGCCUGGCUGGGCUUCUUCCUGUCCAGAGACAAAUCUCUGCAGGAGCGCUGCUACGCUGAGCAGAAGGCCGUGUGCGGAGAGGACCUGCCUCCUCUGGACUUCGAUCAGCUGAAGGAUCUCAGUUUGUUGGACCGCUGUUUAAAGGAGACCCUGCGUCUGCGUCCGCCCAUCAUGACCAUGAUGAGGAUGGCUCGUUCUCCACAGACUGCUGCAGGCUACACCAUCCCUGUGGGACACCAGGUCUGCGUCUCGCCGACGGUCAACCACCGUCUCCUCGACACCUGGUCGGAGAGGAUGGAGUUCGAACCCGACCGCUACCUCAAUGACAACCCUGCUGCGGGGGAGAAGUUUGCCUACGUGCCAUUUGGAGCCG